AGAUGGGUAGGAUUCAUCUGGCAGUUCGAUUACAAGAUCGAACGAAUUGCUGGACUCAGAAACAAGGCUGAUGGGCUAAGUCGGGUUUAUAUCACGCCCGAAGGGGUGGAAGAUGCAGAGCCCAUAAACGCGUUCCUUGAAUACGAAGGAGGAACCCUUGCGGUGGAUAAUGAAAUGAUGAGCGAAGGAUGCGCGUCGGGAGACAGACCUUGGAAAAAGGGGCACCUGUUGUUGUGGCGGAGCUUAGGGAAGGGCCAGUCGCCAUCCGGGGACGCAAAGAGGAGAAGGAUUCGUGGGGGGCGAUAGUAGGUCCGAAGGAGGAACUGAUAGCGAUGGUCAUUGAGGGAGGUCGGGAAACCGUGAUGAGCCUAGUGGAGUCUUGGGAACGGAGAGAGUUGCAGCUAAUGGUAAACCAAAUGCAGGAGAGGCAGGGUGAGGAUCAGGAAGGGAAAGAGUUUUUCUAUGUUCAGAUGUACGAAGGGGUCUUUCGAGAGAUCGGGUUGCUUUUGGUAGGAAAUAAACAGUCCGUGGAGGUCAGCAUUAAGGCAAGGGAGGAGGCCGAAAGAUACGUCAUAAGGAACGAUCAUCUGUUCAAGAGGGAGGAAGGCAUUAUGCCUAGAAGGGUUGUAUGCGGAAGGUCUAUGCAGUUGGACGUGAUCCAGGCAAUGCACGACGGACUAGCAGGAGGACAUCGAUCGUCCAAAGGAACUCUUGCAAAGAUGACACCUCUCUAUUAUUGGCCAGGCAUAGCAGGUAUGGUCGCCACGUACUGUCAGACCUGCCUGAUCUGCCAGGAACGGAGCUCGGUUCGCGUCUUCGAGCCACUUAGACCAACACGGGUGUUGGGGCCAGGACACCUGGUCCACCUUGACCUUGCAGUUAUGCCCGUAUCAACGGAUGGAUACAGGUAUAUUCCGAAUGCACGGGACAACUUGAGUGGGUUCGUAGAAGCAAUCACCCUCAAGAAAAAGACGGGGAAAAGUGUAGCAAAUUGGAUAGAGGAUUUCUACCUGAGGCAUCCCUUCCUCAGGAGGUUUAUGGCAGACAAUGGAAUAGAGUUUGUAAACCAAAAACUGAUGGGAAUGCUUAAAAGGCUCUGCGUUCCUAUCAAACUCAUCGAGCCCUAUCACCCGGAGGCCAAUGCACCUGUGGAAAGGGGGCACCGGACCUUAAAAAACACGAUUGCGAAGCUCGCGACGGACGAUCUGGGGAGUUGGCCUAAAUAUCUUAAGCAGGUUGUCUUCUCGGAGAACAUGACACCUAAGAGGACAACGGGAUGUAUCCAAGCGGAACUUUGGUACAGAAGAAAGAUCGAUUUUCCCGUGGAGGCCUUGAUACCUACCUGGAACAGGUUAGAUGACGAUCCGUGCAUGACCACAAACGAAUUAAUUGAGGCAAGAUGUCAACAAGUCCUUAGAAACGAGGAGGUCAUGGAAGGCAUCACCAAUCGGGUACUAGACAGCAGGAUGAGGGACAAAGCAACGUGGGACCAGGUUAAGAAUAUCCGAAAGGAGUCACUGCAGGUGGGAGAGACAGUAUUGGUAAGAAACUCGACACUAGAAAGCACCUGGUCCGAGCAACUGGGGAGGAGGGUCAAAGGCCCCUACCGGAUCGCUAAGCGGGUGGGAUUGAACACCUUCGAAUUGGAAGAUCUGGAUGGAACUGGAUUGAAAGGGCCUUUCCCAAGGCAACGGUUGGUCAGGUUUCUAAGUCGGGACCCAGUGGAACAAUGGCUUCAGGAGGCCGAGGACAAGGAAAACUGAGGAGUCUACAAGCUAGGAACUGACGACAACUUUGCCCACACCAUGA